AUUUCAGCCAAUCGCAGCCAGAAACUUCUGUCUGGUGGGCGGUCCCCCGUGCUGGCGGCUGUUGAGCGGUUCUCGUGCUAAAGUCCUUGAGCGGAACAUCUCUGUCGGAAGAGAAAAUGAGUUUAGCUCUGAGAGGUGAGCUUGUAGUAGACAAAACAAAAAGGAAAAAACGGAGAGAGCUCUCUGAAGAACAGAAGCAAGAAAUUAAAGAUGCUUUUGAGCUGUUUGAUACCGACAAAGACCAAGCCAUAGAUUAUCAUGAAUUAAAGGUGGCAAUGAGAGCCUUGGGCUUUGAUGUGAAAAAGGCUGAUGUGCUGAAGAUUCUUAAAGACUAUGACAGAGAAGCCACAGGCAAGAUCACAUUUGAAGAUUUUAAUGAAGUUGUGACAGACUGGAUACUAGAGAGAGAUCCACAUGAGGAGAUACUGAAAGCAUUUAAACUAUUUGAUGAUGAUGAUUCAGGAAAGAUAAGCUUGAGGAAUUUACGGCGUGUUGCCAGAGAGCUGGGAGAGAACAUGAGCGAUGAGGAGCUCCGGGCCAUGAUAGAGGAGUUUGACAAAGACGGCGAUGGAGAGAUAAAUCAAGAGGAAUUCAUUGCUAUUAUGACUGGUGACAUAUAAAGAAUUUCAAGAUUCAACACCAAAAUGUUGCUGUUACCAUCUAUCUUCUCUUUGUGUGCCUGGAGUUCAGUUUAAGAAUAUGAAACAAAACAAUCAAAUCUUUUUCUGAAAAGAACAAAACCAAUAUUUCAAUACUGUUAAGCAUAUGUCAUCAAUGUAGUAGUUGACUUCACAUUUAUAAUACACAUUUAUAAAGUUUUAAAACAUCAAAUCUUGUGUUGUAUAUUAUUUGGAGGCUUCUAAAUUUAGCAUUAGCUAAUUCCUUUUAUUUUCAUGCACAUGUUUUUUUUGACAUUAAUAAAGUGCGUAUUUUAUUA